GUCUAACACUAAUCGAUCAUUCGAUCGCCUCUUUAUAUGUUCGAGGAAAACUUACAGAAAACACAUAAUAUUAUUAUUAUCGUGGUAACGUACGUUUUGAAUUGUUUCUGUAUGUCACUCGUGUCGCGGUUUUUAUUUUUCUCUUAAAAACAAUAAAUAUAACUCGUCGAGUGCGCCAUAAUAUGCUUGCUGCAGCCGUUUAGGUACAUCGUGUGCACAAAAAUUGGAGUGUGUUUCUGUGUCGUGUUCCCGACCUUUGCGCUUCAAUUGCACAUUAUAAUAAUAAUAAUUGUUUAUAUUAUAUCUGCCGCCGCUGUUCACAAUCGAAUUACAUCGAAUUUUAUCCAACGCGUAACGCACUGAAACCCGCGUUGCGCUCAUACGGCGCCUUGCAGCAUCCGAGGCAUCACGUGCAGCUCAUCGUCGUCAAAACGAAAAUCUAACGACCUGUUUUAUAACAACGACAACCAUGUGUGCGUAAACAUAACAUAUGUCGUGAUAAAUAGUGUCUCGUAGUGUAUUCUCAUUUCUCGUACGGUAAUAGUUUAAUAUAUUAUAAAAUAUUGCCAGUGUGCUAAUCGCGUUUUUCGGGAGUCCUUCGGGAUUUCGACCGUGUGCGCGCGCGUUGCGGGCGCGAGACGAGCGGGAAUAACAUUUUGCGAUAUUCGGCAACGCGCGUACUGUUAUACGGCUGAAUAAUCAGCAGUAGUUGUUAUAUCCACGAAAGAUCUCGUCCGUGUGUGGACUUUUGAAAUUCGUCGUCUUUAUAUAUCCCUUUGUAACCCCCGAAAACCGUACGACGCAGUCAUGUUCAACAACACGAGCAAUCUACUGCUGCAGACCAUGUUGUACUUGGCGCAGACGGACAACAUCACGUUCCCGUUGAACUACACCGCGGACGCCAACAACGUCAUUUUAGAAGGCGACAAUGUGGAGGUCAAGUGUUACGGCGAGUACGGUUGUUUCUCGGUGGCCGGCCCGUGGCAGGACGUCUCCUCAAGGCCGGUGAACGUGUUCCCGGAAAAACCGGAAAAGAUCGCGCCUAAGUACUGUCUGUACACGCGCAAUAACAGGAACGCAUGCCAAUACCUGAACCACAAGGACCGAAAAUCGGUGAUCACGUCUCACGUGAUCCCGUCGAUGCCCACGUACUUCAUCACGCACGGGUUCUUGGAGGGCGGCGACAGGCCGUGGCUGAAGGAAAUAGCCCGACAGAUCCUGCGACGGUACGAUGCCAACGUGAUAAUCAUCGACUGGGAAGAGGGCUCGGGGUCACCGUACACACAGGCCGUGGCCAACAUACGGAUGGUGGGCAGGAUAACAGCACACCUAAUAAACGUGAUACGAAUGGAACUCGGAUUAAAUGUCGGCAAUGUUCAUCUAAUCGGUCAUAGUUUAGGAUCGCAUCUCUGUGGUUACGUCGGAAGCGUACUGAAGACGAACUUUGGCGUGACGGUGGGUCGAAUUACUGGUCUAGACCCGGCUGAGCCCCACUUCAGCCAGACUGACCCAAUGGUGAGGUUAGAUCCUUCGGACGCCAUGUACGUGGACAUCAUACACACCGAUUCCAAGCCGUUUAUAAAAGGAGGCGAAUUAAGUCUGGGAAUGAGUGUACCGAUUGGGCAUUUAGAUUUUUAUCCAAAUGGAGGAGAAAAUCAACCGGGGUGUAAUCAGGGUAUGAUGAAGUAUAUUAACCGCGAAAACGGUAGUUUCUAUCAAGGCAUGAGAAGAUUCCUGGCUUGCGAUCAUGUCAGAGCCCACGAAUAUUUUAACGAAUCCGUGAACACGCUUUGCAACUUUGUAGCAAUUGAAUGCGAUUCUUAUGAAGAAUUCUUAAGUGGAGAAUGUUUUUCAUGUUUGAGCGAUACGAACCCUGAUGGUAAAAUCUGUGCAGAAAUGGGGAUGCGAUCGUUGGGCCACUGGAAAAAAUAUGCCGCCACUAUUGCCAGUUCCAUUGAUCCUACUAAUGCAUCGCCACACAUACGUUUGUACUCACUCACGAACGGAGAAUCGCCAUUUUGUACGUACUUGUACCGAGUGACGUUGAAUUUGGCUAAUUCGCAAUUGAGCAAAGACCAUGGUGGUGAAGUAGGACAUUUUUUGGUGCAACUUGAAGGAACUGAAUCGAGGUCUAAACUUUUGAACGUAUUCAAGGAACAACAUUACAAACCGGGCAGUGUCCACCGUCGGGUGUUUGGGUCCAGUAAUGUGGGUUCCAUCAAAUCUGUACUAUUGGUUUGGAACCACUCGACCACGAUGAAUAUACUAACUUGGAGAUUCGAAGCGCCGGUCAUCUACGUUGAAUCGCUGACUAUCGAGGCGUUCAACGGCGGCCAAAAACUAAAACUAUGUCCACCGAAAUUAAUAGCUUUAGAAGCCGGCCUAUCGUUUAGAAUGAUUCCGUGUUAACACCACAUUAACACUAUUUACAAUAGGUUGAGGACGAUUUUAUUUAUAUGUAUAUGAAAUGCAGAUAUCAUUAAACAAUACUUAUUUACCUGUUUAUUUUUAUUCAAACGGAACUAUAUUUUUAAUUUUAUCGCUUGUAAAAUGUGUACCAAAAUGUUAUGUUUAUUUAAGUUUAAGGUAUAUUCUCAUUUUUACAUAUAACUGUAUAAUAUUUUAACUUAUAAGCAAUUCCUGAUGCACUAUUAUUAUUAUUUAGAUUAUUCUUUUUAAAAAAAAAAUUUAGGAGUACCUAUCUACCUAUGUUAUAUGUUAUGUACAAUAUCAUUAUGAAUGUAUAUUAUUAUUUAUUUAUGUCUUUAUUUGUUACAUUUUUUAGAUUCUGAGUGAAACGAUGAAUGUAUUGAUUUU